AAGUCCUCUGAAAUAAAAAUAGUUAGAAAACUUGGCUCUAAGAAUUUUCUGAUUCCUUCUCUUUUUAUAGUUGAUUCCAUUUAACCAAAGGAAGAAUCAUUUUCCAUAUUUGAUUAGAACCCAAAAGCUCAAUUCGGCCCGAGCCAUCUUAUCUUCGUCUUUGCCCUUCCAAAACCCUAGACACAGAGAGAGCGGGGGUUGAGAGAGCGAGAGAUGGCUGAAAAGGCCGUAUUAGGAUUCUUGGAGAAGGAGGAGGAAAUCCCAGAUUCGGGUCAGUUCGCGACCGAGCGCGGAAUUGAUCACGACGACAUCGUUAACGUUAUCAAGAGUCUCCGUGGUUUCGGAUUCGUCGAUGCUCAGGACAUUAAGCGGGAAAAAUGGGUACUUACUGAGGAAGGGAGAACGUAUGCUGCUGCAGGAUCACCUGAAGUGCAGUUUUUCUUGGCUAUACCAGCAGAGGGUAUCCCACCAGUAGAAUUGCAGAGAAAUCUCGAUCCUUCAAUUUUCAAAAUAGGCCGCUCACAGGCCGUAAAGAAUCAAUGGGUGGAGAUGGGUAAGCAACGUGUGAGCAGGAAGGUUCCACAUGUAGAAGACAGAGUUAAAGAUCUGCUUAUAGGGGUACAAGAUGGGGAGGUCAUCAACCCAGAAGAUGUUGACGCUCUCAAAAGAAGAAAGCUUAUUACUCCUCAGAUAUGGAAGGGCUACUCAAUAAGAAAAGGUGCCAAUUAUGCUCCAGAAAGGAAAAAAGUUGCUACUGAUUUGACUCGAGAUUAUCUGCAAAGGGGUGAUUGGAAGGAAUUGGAGUUCAAAGAGUAUAACUUCAGUGCUAAAGGUCAGCCUGUCGAAGGCGGCCAUCUCCAUCCAUUGCUCAAGGUACGACAACAACUGCAAAUGAUUUUUCUUCAGAUGGGAUUUGAGGAGAUGCCAACAAACAAUUUUGCUGAAAGCAGCUUCUGGAAUUUUGAUGCACUGUUCCAGCCACAACAACACCCUGCUCGUGACUCUCAUGAUACAUUCUUCCUGCAAGUUCCUUCGACAACAAAGAUGCUGCCUGAAGAUUAUGUUGAGCGGGUGAAGUCUGUCCACGAGUCUGGUGGCUAUGGUUCCAGAGGUUAUGGAUAUGAUUGGAAAAGAGAAGAUGCAAACAAAAACGUUCUACGAACUCAUACAACUGCUGUUUCCUCGAGGAUGCUGUACUUGCUUGCACAGAAACCUUUUGCUCCCAAAAGGUACUACUCUAUAGAUCGCGUCUUCAGAAAUGAAGCUGUAGAUCGCACUCAUCUGGCAGAGUUUCACCAGAUAGAAGGACUGGUAUGUGAUCGAGGGCUUACUCUUGGUGACCUGAAAGGAGUUCUGAGUGAUUUUUUUUCCCGUCUCGGUAUGUCCAAGCUACGUUUCAAGCCCGCUUACAAUCCUUAUACUGAACCCAGCAUGGAAAUUUUCGGUUAUCAUGAAGGCUUAAAGAAGUGGGUAGAAAUUGGAAAUUCUGGCAUGUUUAGGCCUGAGAUGCUACUCCCUAUGGGACUCCCAGAAGAUGUUCGGGUUAUUGCAUGGGGCCUAUCCCUCGAAAGACCAACCAUGAUAUUGUAUCAUAUCGAUAACAUCCGAGAUCUCUUUGGACACAAGGUUGAUCUCAGUCUCAUCAAGAAAAACCCUAUAUGUCGUCUUGGAAUUGAAUAGAAAGUGCAUAGCGUCCACUUCUCAUAUCUAUGCAAAGAUGGUCCUUUUAUACCUUCUCAGUUUUUUAGAACUUGAAAAAAAUAGGAUAACAUACUUGAAGUGAGAGAAACAGAUACACUUGCUGAUCGGUUUUGGUCACCGAUUAAUGUGGCAAUCAUUGAGAUAAAUUCUAUUCUUAUCCAAUAUUGAUAAAAGUCAUUGUUGGACACUAUUUAUUGAUUGUUGUUUGUAGCAUAAAGUGUGAUUCAUGGUCACGAAACACUUAAAACUUUUUAGUUGAUGUUAGCUUAAUUGAUUGUAUUAAACUUUUCCUUCAAUACAGCCAGCCACUCUGCAAUUUUUCCCGUGAAAUGAAAUGGAUUUGAUAUCGAGUUUA